CUCGCUCAACGCUCCAAGGAGGAGCUGCUGGUUAUGGUACGCAGUCUUCAGCGUCAACUGCAUCAAAGCGAAUCCAAAAAGAACUCGGCGGGGUCACGCAAGGCUUUCCAAUUUCAACAGCACAAUCAGCGCAAGGUCGCGCUCCGUUUUGCUUACCUUGGCGAGCAUUAUCGCGGCUUGGCCUUUCAGGAUCACCAAGCUGAUACCGUCGAGGAGCACCUUUUCAAUGCGUUGCAACGAGCCUGCUUGAUCGAUGAUCGCACCUCGUGCGAAUUCUCUCGAUGUGGACGCACAGACAAAGGUGUCUCAGCGCUCUCCCAGGUGGCUUCCCUUUAUGUUCGCACCAAUCUGGAGGAGUGCACGAGUCUCAAGCCGCGGACCGAGCCCCUGCCACCCAAGAAAGCAGAGGCUCAGCGCGAAAAGGCGCGUCAAGAAAUCGACUACAUUCAUGUCCUCAAUCGCUUAUUGCCUCAUGAUAUCCGAGUGUAUGCAUGGGCACCCGUGCCCGCGGAUUUUGAUGCACGCUCAUGCAAGAAGGCGCACAACUUUUUGAGGGGGAACAUGACUUCCGCAACUUUUGCAAGAAACACACCAUACUACAAUCUGUGCUGCAUAACUGUCCAUGGUAGCGCAUUUUUGUGGCAUCAGAUUCGUUGCAUGGUUAGCGUCCUCUUUCUAAUCGGCCAGCAACUGGAGUCUCCUUCGAUUGUGAGCCGUCUCUUGGACGUUGUCUCGCUGCCAGGAAAGCCGCAAUAUGAUAUGGCCCCUGACCUUCCCCUGGUCCUCUGGGAUUGUGAGUACACUGAUGUCCCAUGGGUGGCUGAUGAGCGUCAUCAAGAAGGGCUACAACGCCAUUUCUAUCAGCUGUGGUCGCGCCAGGCCAUGCGGACAUCCCUAGCCUUUGAAAUGAGUCAAGCCAUGUCGCAGUUUGCCACACGAAUGGCUGAGGGUGAAGCUCGGGAGGCAGCCUGGCAUGAUCAAGCAUCAACAAGUCAUUUGAUCAAACCUGCCAAAAGUCACAAGCCGUUGCUAGAGCGGCCUUGCGGUGAAAAUGUGGACCAUCUUGUCGCCAAGCGUUUGCAAGCUGAAGGAGACGCGGGUGACAAGCGACCCAAGCUUGCUGAAAAUGACGGCAACGAUCUCUCUCUCUCCCUGUGUGUGUGUGUGUGUGUGUGUGUGUGUGUGUGUGUGUGUGUGUGUCCCUGUCCCUGUCCCUCUGUCCCUCUGCCUAGCUCUGUCCCUGUCUCUGAUGCACAUGCGCAUGAGCUACUCUCGGUGCCUCUUGCAAGCAAAAACGCGAGCGCCUCAGAUCAACUGACUGCCGUGGCUGGCGGACGCGAGGACCCGGUCUCUGGCCAGCGUACCAUUGCUUUGGCCCAUGAAGGCUAUAUAAAAAAUGCCACGGCACUGGAGGGAGCACCGUCCCUGCUGAUGGACUGGGUUCGCUGGCUUGGCCAUGAUCAGCCUACCAUCCAUGUUGCUGCAUUCGGAGGCGCCAUCGGCCAACUGGAAACCUUGCUGGAGUGCUUGGCACCACUUUGCCCGGAGGGCCAGCAACUGCUGGCUGGCACCUUGGCCACCGCCGAUGUGGUCAUUUGGAUUGGUCAGCGGGGUAGUGGGGAUGCCGCAUUGCUUGACGAUAUGCCUGCUUUCGCCGAGCUGACCAAUGCCCUAGUCCAGCGACCCAUGGGCCUUCUCGUCGCCACUUGCCCUUGGGGGUUUGAGCAGAUUUGCGAUGUCUCUGUAGCUGACGCUUGUGCUCAGAACCACGUGCUGCGUGGCCAUGGACUCGCCUUCUCCAAAGCCUAUGCGCCUCACGGUCCCGGUCAUCUCAGUGGCCAACUGUUUUACCCCCCGUCCCCUUCGACAGUCGGCGAAAUUUGCGACCCGCUUGCACAAGAGCAACUUUCGCUUGACGUGCUUCUUCGACGUCUAGUCAACGAGCCUACUUUGUUUGCAGCCGUGCGACAAAUGCUGAGUUGUCUUCCAUUGCAUCUUGCACCAAGCUUACCAACCACAGAUCCAACAGUUGCAAUCACUGCUCAAGUUGAGACUAUCUUGGAAGCGAGCCCCCAACAAAGCCAGUUGCGCCGUGGGCUCGAGGCCCUGCUCUUGUCGCAAUCAUGGCAGCAGCUGCCUUGCCACGCCGUGCCAUGUAGUUUCGACGCAGCGCAGUUUCCUGGAUGUACCAAACCCACCAGUGCUUCAACCGACGUGUUGCACGAAGGCCUGGUCAUAGAACCCAAUGGCUGGGCGUUUCUACGAGCCUGGGUGAAUGGCGGUGAGCCGUUCCGCGUCCUGGUCAACGAUGUUGCAGCAGAUGCAGUGAGCUUGCGAAUUGGCUGUCAUGCAGACGAGCUGUGGCAUUGCUCUGGCACUUGGAAGCGUGGUCCGGCUAUUUCGGGGGUCUGGCCCGUCACUCCUGAUGUCACUCGCUCGCUGGCUCAUCCGUGGGGUGGCCUGCUGUACCUGCAAAAUCGUACCGAUGCCCCAUUAACUGCACGGGUUUAUCUCGAGCAAGUACAUAAGGCCAGCUGUGUUGAAAUGCAUCCAGCAACCGCGACGGUAGCCAGUGUGUCCGCAGAUCUGCAGGCUCUAGGCACCAGUGAAGUCCCGUGGUGUGAAUUGGCUGGUGCCAACAUUAUACUCACCGUGCCCACGCCGGCGGCACAGCGCUUGGGCCACCGUAUUCCACGCCUUCUUCGCUUCUGGGAUGAUGUUUUGCGCGCCCACCGUGAUUUGCGGCGUUUGGGCCCCUUGGUUCGGCGAGAGCGAAUAGUUUUCGAUGUGCAGAUCGCAGCGGGCUACAUGCACUCUGGUUAUCCCGUCAUGGCUCAUCUAGAUCAAAUCGAGGGUGCUGUGGACGGUGGGCCGACAGCUCUGCAACUGGAACGGCUCCUGCGCGAAGGAAACUGGGGCAUUUUUCACGAAUUUGGUCACAAUCUGCAGGAGAGCGUGUGGACUUUUGAGGGAGCAGGCGAGGUGACUGUCAACUUAUUUACUUUGAAUGCCAUGGAUCGAGUGGUGGGCCUAACGCCCGUACAUCACCCCUGGCUUGCUAAGCACAAGAGCAAAGUAGCUGUGUAUCUCAACGAUACCCGACCAGGUUGA